AUACACGAAUCAAAGUGAAGCAAAGAUAACGGGAAAAUAUUUCCUAGAGACCAUUUUAUUUUGUAACUAAUAAUUAUAAAUAAAUAACAUUACUCUUGACAUUUGUGUAUUGUUUUUACUAUUUUUUAAACUAAAACAAGUUUAGUGUUCAAUAUUCAGUGAUAGGACUGCGAAACAAAGAUGUCUGAAUUUAAGGUUAUCCAAUAUAACUUAUGUAUUGUGCAUAUGUUUGUCUUGUUACAGAUUGUUAUAUGAAUAUUAAUCAAUCUAUCCAUGUGUAUAAUUAUUCAAAAUAAAAUACAAAUGAAGCAAAUUGAGUAAUAUUAAGUCAAUAUGUUCAGCAAUAAAAAGAGUAAUUUGCCACCAAGACCUCACAUUCCUGAUCCUGAACAUAUACUAGAGGAUCUCAAUAAUGCUGCUAUUGAUGAUAUAGCAUUUAAAAUAAUAAAUAAAGAUGAAAAUGCUGAGGAAAGUUCAUUAAAUACAGAUACUUCUGAUACAUAUCAGAAGGUUAAAACAUAUCUAAAUAUAAAACAGCAAUUAAAACAUUUGGAAACAACUCUUGAAAGAAAAGAACAACAUUUGAAGGCAGACACUAAGGAAAUAAGUAAACUAGCAGAUGACAUUAAGAAACAAGCACACGCUGCUUUGAUAACAUGAAUCAUUUUUAAAAUUAUAUUUAAG